CUCGACGGCUGCGCCGCGGACCAUGAUUACAGCUGGACGGACUGGACAGGUCGGACAGGUGUGGGUCUCCUGUUGGAUUCUGCUGUCGGCGACUUGUAUCCUCAGCGCUCAGGCUCAAGUAGACGAUGUCCCACCUUAUUUCAAGAUGGAGCCUCCUCAGACCCAGGUUCACCUGGAGGGGAACCGCCUGGUCCUAACCUGCAUGGCAGAGGGCAGCUGGCCCCUGGAGUUCAAGUGGAUCUACAACGGUACCGAGCUCACACGUUUCUCCUUGGAAUACAGGUACCUGAUCCCCUCGCUGGACCGAGCGCACGCUGGCCACUACCGCUGCAUUGUGCGAAAUCGAGUGGGCGCCAUAAUGCAGUGCAGCACUGAAGUGCAGGUUGCCUACAUGGGUGGUUUUGUGGAGGGCGAGAGGUCUCAGACUGUAUCCCAGGGUGAGGGCGCUCUCAUCCACGCGCCGCGGAUACACAGCUUCCCCAGGCCGCAGAUCACCUGGUUCAGAGACGGGCGCAAGAUUCCCUCCAGCAGCCGCAUUGCCAUCACCCUGGAAAACACGCUGGUCAUCCUGUCCACCGUGGCGCCUGAUGCGGGACGUUACUACGCCCAGGCAGUCAACGACAAGAACGGCGAGAACAAAACCAGUCAGCCCAUCACGCUCACAGUGGAGAAUGUGGGAGGACCUGCUGACCCCAUCGCCCCGUCGAUCAUCGUCCCCCCAAAGAACACCAGUGUGACCAUGGGGAGGAACGAGGCUAUCAUGGAGUGCGUUGCCAACGCAAGACCUCUCGUCAAAAUGAGUAUUACUUGGAAGAAGGAUGGUGCGGUGGUCAAUACGGGGAUCCGAGAUUUCGGCCGCAGAUUGGUCAUCAGCUUGCCUGCGGUUAGCGAUAGCGGCUACUACGAGUGCGAGGCGUCUCUCCGCAGCAGCAGCGUCCCCUCAGUCACUGCCGGGGCCUUCCUGCACGUUCUUGAGUAUCCUCUGUUUGUCAAAGAGCCUCCGAGUCACAUCAGUGCAGAGAUGGAGAAGGUGGUGGAUAUCCCCUGUCAGGCACGAGGCACGCCGCAGCCAGACAUAGUGUGGUAUAAGGACGCGGUGCCCAUCAGCCCGGUAAAGAUCCCCAGGUACAGGGUGUUGGUGGGAGGCAGUCUGCAGAUCAACGGCCUCCUGCCAGAUGACACGGGGAUGUUUCAGUGCUUUGCCCGCAAUCUCGCAGGAGAGAUCCAGACUAACACCUACCUAGCUGUUACAAGUAUUGCUCCCAACAUCACCGCUGGCCCCUCUGACAGCGCAGUGAUUGACAGCAUGUCAGUCAUUCUGCAUUGCGAGACCUCGGGAGCCCCGCGGCCAGCCAUCACCUGGCAGAAAGGUGAACGUGUCUUGGCCAGUGGCUCGGUCCAGCUGCCCAGGUUCACCCUGCUGGAGUCGGGCAGCUUGCUAAUCAGUCCCUCCCACCUGUCUGAUGCUGGUACCUACACCUGCAUGGCCAGUAACUCCAGGGGCAUCGAUGAAGCUUCUGCUGACCUCGUGGUCUGGGCACGUACCCGCAUCACUAAACCGCCACAAGACCAGAGUGUCAUCAAAGGGACCAAGGCUGUCAUGACCUGCGGUGUGACCCAUGACCCAAGUGUCACCGUCAGGUACGUGUGGGAGAAGAGCGGCUCGGUGAUUGACGUGAGCGCGUCGCCCCGCCUGCGGCUGGAUCCCGACGGGACCCUGCACAUCUCCCAGACGUGGUCGGGCGACAUUGGAACAUACACCUGCAGGGUGACCUCAGUGGGUGGCAAUGACUCCCGUAAUGCCCACCUCAGAGUCAGGCAGCUGCCCCACGCUCCGGAAAACCCAAUGGCAGUGCUGAGUGCCACAGAGAAGAGGGCCAUCAACCUCACAUGGGCCCAGGCCUUUGAUGGCAACAGCCCCCUGAUCCGCUACAUCCUGGAGGUCUCAGAAAACAAUGCCCCCUGGACGGUGCUGCUGGCCAACAUUGAACCAGAGUCCACCGGGGUUACCGUCGGCGGCCUCAUCCCAGCACGUUCAUACCAGUUCCGCCUGUGUGCCGUCAACGAUGUGGGCAGAGGCCAGUUCAGCAAAGAGACUGACCGGCUAACGCUCCCUGAAGAGCCUCCCAGCGCCCCCCCUCAGACAGUCAUCGCAAGCGGCCGCACCAAUCAGUCCAUCAUGAUCCAGUGGCAGCCACCCCCGGAGAGUCAUCAGAAUGGUCCACUCCAGGGCUACAUCAUCAGGUACUGUCUGUCAGGGCUUCCAGUUGAUUGUCAGAUGAAAAACAUCACCAACCCGGACCAGACCAGUCUGCUCCUGGAGGAACUCAUCAUCUGGACCAACUAUGAGAUCGAGGUGGCAGCCUAUAAUGGAGCGGGCAGGGGCACCUAUAGCCACAAAGUCACCGAAUGGACACUGCAAGGAGUGCCCACUGUGCCACCAGGAAAUGUACAAGCUGAGGCUGUCAACUCCACCACGGUGCGUUUUACCUGGAGUGCCCCAAGCCCUCAGUUUAUCAAUGGAAUCAACCAGGGAUACAAGCUGUUGGCAUGGGAACCCAGUCGUGCGAACGAGGUCACUGUGGUUACGGUGCGUCCAAACUUCCAGGACAGCGUUCACGUCGGUUACAUCUCCGGCCUGAAAAGGUUCACAGAAUACUACUCAUCGGUACUGUGCUUUACUACGCCUGGAGACGGCCCGCGCAGCCCGCCUCAGCGCUUACGCACCCAUGAGGAUACCCCUGGUGCUGUAGGACACCUUAGCUUCACUGACAUCUUGGACACCUCGCUAAAAGUCAGCUGGAAGGAGCCACAAGAGAAAAACGGUGUUCUCACAGGCUAUCGUAUCUCCUGGGAGGAGUUCAACAGGACCAAUACUCGGGUGACCCAUUAUUUGCCAAACUUAACACAGGAGUACAAGGUGACAGGGCUCACUGCCCUCACCACGUACACCAUCCAGGUAGCAGCCAUGACCUCCAAGGGCCAGGGCCAGCUGUCCGCCUCCACUAUCUCCUCCGGUGUACCGCCAGAGUUGCCCGGCCCUCCCACCAAUUUAGCCAUCUCCAACAUCGGCCCUCGCUCCGUCGCUCUGCAGUUCAAACCUGGCUACGACGGCAAGACCUCCAUUUCCCGUUGGCUGGUUGAAGCCCAGAUUGGUAUAAUAGGAGAGAAUGAAGAGUGGCUGAUGGUUCAUCAGCUGUCUAACGAACCUGAUGCCAGAUCACUGGAGGUCCUGGACCUGAACCCCUAUACAUUCUACAGGUUCCGAAUGCGUCAGGUAAACAUUGUGGGCACCAGUCCUCCCAGUCAGCCCUCCAGGAAGAUCGAGACCCUGCAGGCCCCUCCAGACAUCUCCCCCGCCAAUGUCACCCUGCGCACAGCCAGCGAGACCAGCCUGUGGCUGCGCUGGGUGCCUCUUCCAGAGUGGGAGUACAAUGGGAAUCCGGAUCUUGUCGGCUACCGGGUGCAGUACUCCAAAGCCGGGUCCAAAGGGGGAGUUCUCUCUCAUGUCAUCAUGGACCGGCUGGAGAGGGAGUUCACAAUCGAGGACCUGGAGGAGUGGACCGAGUACGAGGUCAGAAUUCAGGCCAUCAACGGGAUUGGCUCCGGUCCCUGGGGUCAGCCAGUCCACGGCAGGACCAGGGAGUCUGUGCCCUCAAGCGGUCCCACCAACGUGUCAGCUUUCGCCACCACCUCCAGCAGCAUCCUGGUGCGCUGGGGCGAGGUCCCAGAGACCGAUCGCAACGGGCUCAUCCUGGGCUACAAGGUCGUGUUUAAGGAGAAGGAUUCGGACACGGCUCCCAACUUCUGGGCAGUGGAGGGCAACACCAGCCACAGCGUCCAGCUGAGCGGUCUGGGCAAGUACGUCCUGUAUGAGAUCCAGGUCCUGGCCUUCACGCGCAUAGGAGACGGACGGAGCAGCUCGCCGCCCAUUUUGGAGAGGACCCUGGAUGAUGUCCCAGGCCCUCCAGUCGGCAUCCUCUUCCCAGAAGUCAGAACCACUUCCGUCAGGCUCAUCUGGCAACCUCCUGCACAGCCCAAUGGCAUAAUCCUGGCCUAUCAGAUCACAUACCGGAGAAACUCUUCAAACAGCAACGCCGCCACCGUGGACGUGCUGAGCCCCAGCGCGCGACAGUACACGGCGACUGGACUGAAACCAGAACUGGUUUAUGUAUUUCGCCUCACUGCUCAAACACGGAAGGGGUGGGGGGAGGCUGCUGAGGCUUUGGUUGUCACAACAGAAAAGAGAGCCCGACCGCAACCCACGAGCCGUCCCGUGGUCCCUCAAGAGGAAGUCCAGGCUCGCAGAGUGCUGUUGUCAUGGGAACCAGGCAGCGAUGGCCUGUCCCCGGUCCGUUACUACACAGUCCAGUACAGGGAGCUUCCAGACAGCAACUGGACUGUCCACUCUGCGUCGGUCAGCCACGAGACACACUCCUACAUCGUGGACAGGUUGAAGCCUUUCACUUCUUAUCAGUUCCGUGUAAAAGCCACUAAUGACAUCGGGGACAGCGAAUACAGCCAGGAGAGCGAGGCCAUCACCACGCUGCAGGAUGCCCCAGACAAAGCACCGACAAUUCUGUCUGUAACACCUCACACCACCACGUCCGUGCUGGUCCGUUGGCAGCCUCCCUCUGAGGAUCACAUAAAUGGAGUCCUGUUGGGGUUCAGGGUCCGGUACCGUGAGUUACACUACGACCGGCUGCGCAGCUUCACUGUCCGCACAGUUAACAGUCCCUCCGCCAACUGGGCUGAUCUCACGGCUCCUUACAGCAUCAGGAACUUAAGUGAAUCCUCGCUCACCCAAUACGAACUGGAUAAUUUGAGUAAACACAAACGCUACGAGAUCCGUCUCAGUGUGUAUAACGCUGUGGGGGAGGGUCCCAGCAGUGCUCCACAGGAAGUGUUUGUUGGAGAGGCGGUCCCAACAUCCCCUCCCCAAAGUGUGGUGGUCCAGUCCUCCACCGCCACUCAGCUGGAUGUCACAUGGGACCCUCCUCCUCUGGAUGCUCAGAAUGGGGAUAUACAGGGUUACAAGAUCUAUUUCUGGGAGUUUCAGCUCCAGAAUGAGACGGAGCGCCUGCGUACUCUGUUCCUGCCGGAGCUCGGGGUGAAGCUGAAAAACCUGACAGGCUACACCACCUACAUGAUCAGCGUGGCAGCCUUCAAUGCUGCAGGGGAUGGGCCCCGCUCCCUGCCCACCAGAGGGCGCACUCAGCAAGCAGCGCCGAGUGCUCCCGGCUUCAUCCACUUCAGCGAGUUGACCACCACCUCGGUCAACGUGUCCUGGGGGGAGCCCAAGCAGGCCAACGGCAUCAUUGAGGGUUACCGCCUCGUUUACGAGCCCUGCACUCCAGUAGAUGGUGUCAGUAAGAUAGUGACAGUAGAUGUGAAGGGCAGUGCUCCCCUGUGGAUGAAGAUCAAAGACCUGGCCGAUGGCGUCACCUACAACUUUCGCAUCCGGGCCAAAACGCUCACUUAUGGGCCCGAGGUGGAGGCCAACAUCACCACUGGGCCUGGAGAAGGAGCCCCAGGCCCUCCUGGAGAACCCUUUAUUUCUCGUUACGGCACUGCCCUCACGCUGCAUUGGACCAGCGGCGAUCAAGGCCGUGCACCCGUCACUCGAUACGUCAUCGAGGCCAGGCCCUCUGAUGAAGGGUUGUGGGACAUCCUCAUCAAAGACAUUCCCAAAGAAGUGACAUCCUACACGCUGAACCUGGACAUGCUGCGAGAGGGCGUCACCUAUGACUUUCGAGUAAUUGCAGUCAACGACUACGGCUAUGGGUCACCCAGCGCCCCCUCCCCCUCUAUAUCAGCCCAGAAAGUGUCCCCGUUCUAUGAGGAGUGGUGGUUCCUGGUCGUGAUCGCCCUGGUGGGCCUCAUCUUCAUCCUCCUCCUCGUUUUCAUCCUCAUCAUCCGUGGCCAGAGUAAGAAAUACACCAAAAAAGCAGAUUCAGGCAACCACUCCAACUGCACAGCCCUGCCGCUGACCCACGGAGAGAUGGUGCGCCUGGACGAGGGACGCUUCCCGGCCCUGGAGCUCAACAACCGACGCCUCUCCGUGAAGAACUCCUUUUGCCGCAAGAACGGCAUCUACACACGGUCUCCCCCAAGACCCAGUCCUGGCAGUCUGCACUACUCGGACGAGGAUGUCAGCACUAAGUACAAUGACCUGAUCCCGGCAGAGAGCAGCAGUCUGACCGAGAAACCCUCUGAGAUAUCCGACUCUCAGGGCAGCGACAGCGAAUACGAGAUGGAUCAGAGUCGGCAGAAGACCCACUCCUUUGUCAACCACUACAUCAGCGACCCCACCUACUACAACUCCUGGCGGCGGCAGCAGAAGGGCGUCUCUCGUCCGCCGGCGUACGGCUACUCCCAGCCCGACGCCCCGUCCCCGCAGCCCCAGUGCCAGGGCCAGGGCACUCUGUUCAGGUCUAAGGGAAGCCGGACUCCCACCCCCUCCCUGCUGUCCUCCGAACCCCCUAGCCAGCACAGCACCCUCUACCGGCCCCCCAGCAGCCUGGGCUGCGCCGCCCAGGCCCCUACCGCUGGCUUCUCCUCUUUCGUUUGACACACAGCUCUCCUUCCAAUAACAACAGGACCCUGAGGACGAGUCUUUGAUUUUGUUGUUGUUGGUUUAUUUGUAUUUUGCUCUCUUUUUUUUACCUUUUUUUUCCUGUCUCACUGACAGAGUUGUUGCUCAAUAUUAAGCAUUGCAGGCAUCUUGAAUCGCGUUUUCUCCUCUGUGAAGAGUGUGUGUGUGUGUGUGUGUGUGUGUACGACUGUGUAUAGCGCGUAUGUUUGGUUCUCAUGUGAUGUGUAUUUUAUGAAAAGACAAUCAUUUGAAAGUUUUUAUGCGUUGCUUCAGUGAAUUUAUUUGAAGGUACAACCGUGUAAACAAGGAAGAACAGAACCCGAGGUUCUGAAAAGAGAACGCCUUGUUUUAAAAACACUGUAUUAUGUUUAAUAUGAGAGCUUUAUGGAAAAACAACCACCUUAGAACCAUAUAGAGUAUGGACCACUUGGCUUGCUGAGACUGUACAAUGGAAAAACCAGCUCUGAUGGAAUAAUGUGAUGUUUGGACAAAGGACAAAACUUAUUGUGAGGAACAGACUCUGACUUGGAGAGCGGCGCCAGAGGUCAGCGUGGCCCCCGGCUGCCUUCCACUUUCUCACUCUGCCUAAUCAUUGUUGGAACUGCAUUACGUGUUGAUUAUAUGUACUUGUCUCAUAUUGUUUACCAGAUAUUUAUAUCAAUCGGCUUCAAGCUAAACAUUUUCAGAACAUCGCUAGUGACAAUGUUAUGAAUCACAUUAAAGCAUUGUGGCACCUUUAUAGUAGUCUGGGGAAUGUGUUGA